GAGGAGGAGGAGUGUUAAAGCUACAUACAGACCAAGAACAAGACCAUUAGUUGGGAAUUGUCUGUAUUUACGUGUGAAACAAUGAACGCCACAGAACGCGAAUGUCUGGAGCUACAGCUUCUGGAGAUGGAAAUGCUUUUCUCAAUGUUCCCCAACAAAGAGGAUAUUGUUCUGGAAGAUACCAGUUCUGUUUUACGUGUACAGAGGUAUUUAGAGGGGAUUUGUGAGUCACUUCCACCACGCCUUGAUUUCUCACUAUAUCUCAAAACUGAGGCUUCACCAAUUAAGUUACAGAUGCACGUGUCACUUCCUCAUAACUACCCCAAAGCUGAACCCCAGCUAUUUGUGAGAUACAGUGCACUGGACAGACAGCAACAAAACAUUCUGAACAAAUGCUUGGAAUCCUAUAUCAUGUCACUUGAUCGAGGAGAGCUCUGCAUCACUAAUGCUGCGCAGUGGUUGCAAGACAACAUCUCCUCUUAUGUGCAGAGCGCAAAGCCCAGUGAGGAAGCUGAGUCGCAUGUGGAUGAGAUUACAGACACCUUCCACAGAAUGUGGAUUUACAGCCACCACAUAUAUCGCCAAGAGUUAAGAAAAAAGAUCUUAGACUGCGCUAAGCAUCUAAACUUAACUGGAUUUUGCUUGACCGGGAAGCCUGGGGUGAUAUGUAUUGAAGGACUUAAAGGUCAAUGCGAAGAGUUCUGGCGUGACAUACGGUACCCAAACUGGAAACAUAUCUCAUGCAAACACACGGACAGUAAACAAGUAACUGGCAACCUUGAUGCCGUAAGACUGUUUAACUCAUUUGAGGAGUUACAGUUUGCCGCACAUGGGGAUUACGGGCUCCGCAAUGACUACCAUAUGGACUUGGGACAGUUUUUUGAAUACCUCAAACAACAUAAGAGUGAACAUAUAUUUCAGAUUCUAUUUGGCAUUGAGGGCAAAUCUUGAUGUAUUUACCAACAGAGAUAAAUGGUUGGAAUGAGUGAGUUUUUUGUGUAUUUUUUUUUUAUCAAUAUUGCUCCAUUGAAUCCUGUGAGCUGCAGAGAUGUAUACCUAUAUAUAGAUGUAGAUUUAGAUAUCACAUGCCGCAACAUGUUCUGGUCUCUCCAUGCCCAUUAUUAGUGGAGGUUAUGCUCACAGAUCCCGAUAAUGAUAUUGCAGUAAAGGAACUGAGGUAACAAAAAACAGCACAAAUGGGUCAAAAGAUAAUGCCUGGAAAUGUAACUCGCACCAAUAUCAGGCAGACUGAAACGUGUGUAUGGUGUUGCUGUCCCAGGGAAUGUUAACCUUAGACCUGCCAUUAAAAAUACGUAAUCAUGACAUAUGCAUAUAAUAAACCCAUUCUACCUCCUGUCUUGUGGCUGGCAUUCUACUAAGCACCAACACCACUAAUCCUAAGGACAACUGAUGUCACCUCAACACAAUUUUUUUAAUGUAAUAAUCUUUUCAUCAAGUUUUGAAAGGAAAUAGAUUCUGUGUUAAUUGAAGGAUAUGUAAGAAAAAAAAUCUCAUCCCUAUCGUAAUUCUAUGACAGGAUCCUUCAGCCAUAUACAUACACCUUGGGUCUAUAGUUGUCCUUGCUUCACUCCCUGCACAGUGCAGUGAAAGCAUCAGGCCAACUAACUGUCAGCAAUACAAACUUACAAAUUAAGCCCUGCUCUCAAAUUCCCACUACUCCUAGGCGGCUAUGAGUAUAGUAAAUAUCAGCCCCAAUACAUACAAUAAAAACCAAGGGAAAAAGUUACUUGCACAGUAUUCCAAUUCCCUAUGCACAUUUAAAUAACUGGAGGAUUUUUAGCAUACUUCAAUGGCCAUUAAAGUGUAAGCUCACUUGCCACGUCAAGGCAAAACCUCUUUGGUGAGUCCUACACUAACAAUUCACCUUGCUGUUUCAGCCGAAAGGCAACAUCUCCAAUGAGACA